AAAAUGGCGUCUUUACUUGGUGGGGUUUUAUUUGAAACGACUGGCCAAGGCCCCUCUCCCUCAAAAGACUUUUUCCAGCUGGUUAUAACAAGAACAGAGGUGAUCUGGAGAUGGUGGAAGAUUUCACUGCGGGUGGACCUGCGAGGUGCUGCACCAGGAGAGCUGAAACAGUCCCAUGAUGAGUUUUUGCAUGACUCUCAACUUCAGCACCAGGUAGGUGUAGUAUUUGGGUCCCGAGUUCUGGAGCACAUACAGGCCCUGUGCCAUGGACACUUAAACUAUCUGGAGAGGCUUCCUGAUUACCUACUGCUCCACAUUCUCACCUUCCUGCAAUUCCAGGACAUUGGAUGUCUUAGUCAGACUUCAAAAAGGUUCAGAAAGCUGUGUAACUGUGAGGAGUUCUGGGAGCAGACAGUAAGGUCUCACUGUGGUAUGAUGACUGAGAACAUGGAGAUGCUGGCUAAUGCUAUGGGCUGGAGAAGGACCUUCUUCACCUUCAUCCAUAAGCAGGAGCGACCGGCACCUCUGGUCUGCGUUAGCCUGGCUCGAUUUGGUCCCCUAACCACAUGUGCAAGUUGCUGUCUCCUGCUGGCUCGCUGCAGUCCUUCCCUGUCUCCCAGAAAGUCCAGGCUGCAGAGGAGCAGCCCUGCCUGGCUAUUUUUAAACUACGCUGUGGGCGAAAGCUCCAGUGGCCAGCAACGAGCUAAGGUCCAGGACAACAGGGACACACAGCAGGGCGGAGCGGUCCACACCAGUGCCACCUCGGGACCAGAAGUCCACAGAGGCAAGGGCACCGGGACCAAAGCGAACCAAAGCGAGAAAGAGCCAGGAAGAUAG